GCUGCACAUCCAGCCGUUGUUGAGCAGAUAUGCAAUUUCUUCUACUCGGGAUUUCUGAUCUCCGUUGUCAAGCCAGCACUUUUACAGGUUUUACAGGAUGAGCAGGAGAGCGUUGCGGCGGCUACAGUAUAUCUCCAGUUGUGUAUAGAAACAGUCACGGAACCAUCUCUUCUUCGCACCGUGAUUCGAAUGCUUCUGUUGGAGAGAGACGAUGAGCGUCGGUUACUUAUCGAAGUGAUAGUGAGCCGGAUUGCAAGUGGUGAUAAGCUGGGAGUCGCUUCGCUGUCACUUUUGGAUUCCCUUCUGCAAAUUGGAUGUGAAGAUCUUAUGCUA